GUUGCUCAAGCUGCUGUCGCGGUUGUCGCGGCUCAAGCGGAACAAGCUCAUGUUCAAGCUGCACAGGCGGCACAUACCGCCGUCGCUGUGGCACAUGCUGCCGCCAUGGCUCAGGCUCAGGCUCAGGCUCACCAACAACAUCAGCAACAGCAAACCCAGAUCCUAUCUGGUGACAAUGAUCCUGGUCAGUCACCGGUGGUUUUGAUGUUGGACAACCCGACUACAAACAAUCAAACUCCCACAGGUCCUGGGGAGGCCGUGAUACCUAACGGUCCCCUGCAACCUUUCGAGUCUUUGGCAAACGCUCAAAUUGUCGAAUCUUUAGCUGAAGCCCGGAUUGUAGAACAAAAUAGGUUAAUGACGAUGGAAAUUGUUAACAACAAUCAAUUGGCUGCCAACAUACAGGCAUCGACUGUGGGCGCGGCUGCAGGCAUAAUUGGCCAAUCGGUAAGCACUCAGAUGUUUAUCAGUGAUAGUCCUCAAUCCGAUUCAAUUCUUUCCUCGGCCCAGCCCCCUCCUAUGGACAAUCUCUUGAACCCUAGUCCAAUUGUGCAACCGGUACCAUCUACUUGGAAUAUACCUCCUACAAGUGGACCACCUGACCUCGUGGUCCCAUCUGCUUCCGCACAUUUGAUCAACGUGGGUGAGCACAUGGUUCACAGUGCUGCCGUAGAUGCAAACAUUCUUAGCAAUUCAUCUCCCCCCCCUCCCCCCCCUGCCCAAACACUAACAUUUGUCACUGAAAAUCCCCAAUUGGAAAUGCAAACAGUAUCACAUAAGUCGAACGAUGAUAACGUUUCUGAAUUUUCUCCCCCUCACCUUCAGCCUCCCUCACGACCUGCAUCAUCUGAUGCACAAGAUUCCCUGCCCAAUGAAAAUCUGUUAAAGGACUCACCAAAGAAUGAAACGCGAGCUCAGGUUGACGAUGAAACCGUUAAUCCUGACACCUCGCAUACACCUGAUGACAAUAAAGACCACAAUAGUAACUCGCCUCGAUCAAAUUCAGGCACUGCAUCUGGUAGUCCAUCGAAUUCUCCUCGGGAUCCAUCGAUCACCAGCGUACAACUCUGCACCGACAAAGUUGAAUCAUCGAAAACAGCGGAAUCUCAAGUCAUCACAUCGAAUUGGUCCAUCACUCUUGAAGAUAUGACGUUGGAACAGCUCUACGCAAGGUUGGGGCAGUACGAACAUCCGAAUUUAACCCGGGAGCAAUUGGUGGAGAAGUUGAAGUGUUUUGGAAAAAACCAAAGAAGCUGCAGUUCCGAGUGCAACAAGCAGAAGCGUCAGCGUGAAGACUCGAGGAGAUCAAGUUUCUCUGAGGGUAGUGGUAGCAGUAGCAGCAGCGGCAUUGUUCACCCACUGGUGUCGUUAAGUAUUGAGAUGAAUUGUGUGUUCGGUCGAUGCUCAUAUUUUCAAGAUACUUCCACAGAUGACAACGACACUCCGUUGACCCCCGCGGACACAGAUGACAUCAAACAAGAAUCGGAGAACGUGGCGGCGGGCAGUUCGCAGAGCUCUCC